UUCCACUGAACGCGCGGAGUGGAUCGUGUUCACACGCAACGUGUGCCAUGGGCGAAGGUCCAUGUUGGCUCUGCGAGGGCAGAGACAGCAGCGCCUGCGUCAUUUGCGGGCCAGAGCGGCCCGUGGAAGAAGGCGCCAGCCUCCUGGGGCAGGAUGGCUGGUGCUGCCAGGAAGAUAGCGAAGCGAGGUUCGGUGGCUGGACAAAGACCACUACCGAGGACCUCUAUUGGGAGCUUUUGCUGGAGACAGAGGCGCUGCUGCGGAGCGACAGCAACUUGGCCCUGGAGCGGGCUGAGCGGUGCGCCCGCAACCUGGAGCAGCUAUCAAGUGACCAGGUGGCUCAGCUUCGUUGUCUCGCUUACGCGCAGCUUGCGAGGUGCCAUUUGGCGCGGCAGGAGUACACCCUGCUGGUGGAAGACUGCAAGAGAUACGCAAGGUUGCGUGAGGAGGCGGAGGGCUCCUUGCUGGAGAAGUUCGAAGCCGAGGUGGCGCCUUUGGGCCCUUUGGCGACGCUGGGCGCCGCAGCGGAGCUGGCCACCAGCUGCCGCGCCGCGGUGACGGAUGGCUUUGCGCCCAAAGUGGUGCUGGACCAUGCUUCUCGGGCGCUGUCUGGCGUGCAGCUUUUGCCUUUGAGCGCCUUCCCCGGGCUGCCGGCGCUGCGCGCACAUCUGUACGCUUCCCGCUGCCAAGCAUGUCUGGAGCUUGAGAAGUGGCGAGAGGCCAAGCAGGAUGCCACCUCCGCGCUUCAGUGCGACCCUGACAUGAAGGAGGCCAAGUACCUCCUCCGGGCAGCGGAGUCUGAGAGCUGGUGAGGUAC